AAGAUUAAAUUCUGUCGGUAUACAUUUUUUUUGGAGUUUAACAGGUUAAACAAUUAAAAGUAUAGCAUAUUGUGUUUUAUAUAAUAUUAUAAUACCAUGAUAAUAAUGUGUUAAAAUUAACCUUGUUUUUUGUGGUAAAAGUGUAGUAAUUAUGUUUUUUGUGUAUUUAUUACAAUUAGCAAAACCAUGGUUAUUUUGUGGUAACCAUAGUUUUACAACAGUAACUAUUAUUUUUUUAACUGUUGUAAAACCAUGGUUAAUUUUUGAAAGGGUUUAGUUAAAACUUCAUUUAGACUGAAGUUUUGAGAAUAUAUUUAAAUUGACAACAUUUAUAUUUUGAGGUUAUCUAACACAAUUCUAAGUUAUAUUGUUUAAACUUAAAUCUUAUGCUGAAAUCUUAUGUAGUUUAGGAGGAAUCCUUUCUGUUAUACUGAUGCUCUGCCAUACACACCAUUUAGUGCUGUCACUGUGAAAAAAGCAGAAUAAGGGUUUCAUGGCUAAUGCUUAAUGAGGCAAUAUAAGUUUAAUUAAAGAAAGGUGUGACGUUCAUCCCUACGUAAUCACAACUGUGUCUGAAGCAUCACGUAUCCAUACAACAACAGUGUGUGAAGCAUUGGGGUACAUGUUAGGUUCAUACGUGGUCCUCUGCUUAAGUGACAAAGUAAGUUGAUCAGUUUUGCACAUAAUUCUGUACAGUUUUUGGAAAAGAGUAAUUUAAUGUGAUGUGAUGAUUGAUUCAUAGACUGAAUUGCUGAAGUGAGCAAGGUUGACGUAAAUAUACUUUACCACAAUGCUUGCUUGUAGUUAUAUUAACCUAUGCAUUUUAGAAGCUGUCAAAUUGAAGUUGCAUUUGUUUCAGUGAACAACUCACAGAAUUUAACAGCAUCAGAGGAGAAGUACUGGUCCAGAGUUGAGAAAUCUGUGCUUGGUCCUAUUCUCACCAUGGAGAUGAUACUGGGUGUUCUGGGAAAUGGACUGGUUCUCGUAGUUAAAGUAAUGUGUAAAGAUCAUUUUAAGUGCAUUUACUGGCUGCCAUUUGUCAGCCUCACACUUUCAGAUUUCUUCUGCUCUAUCCUCAUCAUCUGUGGCUCGCUCUUGGCUGUGCUGACUGAAGGUCAGAUCUCACCGUGGUGUGAGGUGGUCAGCCUGCUAAAAUUCACCUUCAUCACUUCUUCUAUCGGAAGCUUAGCGGUUCUCUGUGUUCAGCGUUUUUUGGGUAUCCCCUCUAAAGGUAAAGGGCUGUCAAAUGUCAUGACAGUAGCAUGUUUGGCAUCAUGGUGUACUGGAUCUGUAUUCGGAGCAGUGCCCGUAAUAUAUAAAUGGAUAAAGUUUGAUCCUGCAGAAAUGCUGUGUGCCGUGUUCUGGGAAAGCAGUUACUCCGACAUGCUGGUUUACAUCCUUUGUGCCUUCUUCAUCUCUAUGUUUAUUCCAUUCAUUCUCAUACUAUCCUGCUGCAUCCUGACUUAUGCAGGCUAUGGGAAAGACUGCUCCAGCCAGGGUGACCUGUCCUCCGUCACUGGACUGCUUGUGAUUUUGUAUCUGUUCUGCUAUGCUCCAUUUACUGCAUCUGAGUUGAUUCUUCUGGGAAGGUUUGACCUGUCUCCUUCCCCCGAAUGGCUGAGAUCCCUGUCUUCAGUCAUGGCGUAUUUGGACUGCGUUUUGAACCCUUUCAUCUAUUGCACAAAUAAAGAUUUCCGAAAUGCAGUGCUCAUACUACUGUGGAACAAUAAGAAAUCAUGUCUUUCUGAGCCAGUGUUGACUGGCAUUAAGAAACUUGAAACAUGAGGAUUACAGCAUGCGUAAGUUAAUAAAUAAUAAAAAGG